CAGGCGCCCGCGGAGGACCGAGUGGCGGCCUGGGACCCGGCCCCGCAGGCAGGCGCUGCCCCUCCGCGUGCGGUGGGCGAGAAAGGCUGCGCGGAGGAGGGAAUGAUCGCGAGAGAAACUGGCGUCUCUUCGCAAACAGGAAAUAACUUCUGUUGGGAGUUCCACCGAGACCAGUUAGAAAGCUCUAAAGCCAUCUGUUGCUGAGUGUGCAGGAAGCCUUACCUCGCCGGAAGUGGGACUGCUUCGAGCUCCGGGCUUCGGUGUCUCUGCCCAGGCCGGCUCCACCAUGUCCAAGGUUUCCUUUAAGAUCACCCUGACGUCCGAUCCACGGCUGCCGUACAAAGUACUCAGUGUUCCUGAAAGCACACCGUUCACGGCAGUCUUAAAGUUUGCAGCAGAAGAGUUUAAAGUUCCUGCAGCCACAAGUGCCAUUAUUACCAAUGAUGGGAUAGGAAUAAAUCCUGCACAGACUGCGGGAAAUGUUUUCCUAAAGCACGGUGCAGAACUGCGAAUUAUUCCUAGAGAUCGUGUUGGAAGCUGUUAAUGCCCUCUACUUAAAGAUAAAUACAUAUUUCAAUAAAUAAAUAUUGAUAUUGCUGUUGUAGAACUGAAACCAAGCAUUUAAUCAACCAAAGAACUUAUAUGCAUAAUCCAUGGACACAGACAAUAGGGUGGUGAGGGCAUGAGAGGAAAGGGGGUUAGAAGGAGCUAAUGAGGAGGGAGGGGGACAUAUGUAAUAUUUUUAACAAUAAAGAUUUAAUUAAAAAAAUAAAAAAGAGCCCAGCACAAAAUAAAUAAAAUACUAUGAAAAUGCCAACAGUUGAAAUAAUGAAAGAUGACUCCAUUUCCUUUGUUACUCCCACUCUUCCUGUGAAGAGAGAAUGCUUAUGCAUUGAGGGUACCAUUUUUACCGAAGAUCUUAGUCUUCCAUUGCUACCCUCACAGUAUGCACAGACAGCUAGUUCAUUUUGGAUAAAUGAAUUAUCCAACUGUGUUUUAUUACUGAAGGGUGCUUCUAAGAAUUCCUUCUGAGAACAUUUGGAAGAUUAAAUUUAUUAAAUCUUUAAAAUUUAAUAGGAUUGGGUCAUACAUGGCAGGUUACCUGACAGGAUCUGACUUGCAGACUCAAAAGUAGUUGAAAUCUUAAUUAUAUAGUGCUUAUAUAAAGGAUAUAGACAUAUCCAUGAACACUUAGUGUCUAAUUUUCUAGUUAGAUAUUUUUUUUUUAAGUUUCAUGUGUUCAUAUAAAUUUUAAUAUCAGAGGGCCAAAGAUUGAAUUUUCUUAUCUAGUUUCCAUGUGUAAGAUUUAUAUCCCUCACCAAAUAGUUUUAACUAUGUUCUUGCAGAAUCCAAUACUUGUAAUUGGAAAAAGUG